UCAGUGUCUGAUGACGAAUUUCCCCCACAAAUCAUUGUCACUCAAUUCUGCAAGUGGUUCUGAUUUACUAUCUCUGUUCUCUAGCUGGUCUAAAACCGAUUUUGACCUAAAGGGAUGCUUUUUGGACGCCAUGGAUGUUUCUCAGUUUCCAGGCAGAAAGAACAGUAAAAAUGCAGGCAGGGCACAGGACAAAGCACUCGGGACACAAUGUAUGUGAAAUGGUUUGAUACAGUAAUGUUUUACUAUGUUAUUUUAGUGUAUUGAGUGAAUGUCACAAUUUUUAGUCAUUUUCAAAUUUCCCGCCGUUCCGUCCCUGUACAUUCCGACGUCGCAGGGAACGGAACCCAGAAGACAGAUGCCGGCAUCCGCCGGAGGACUUUACAGGGGACACUGCAGGAGAGACA